CAGGCGCGGCCGCAGCCCUGAGGCGCCGUUCCCGCCGCCUCCGGCCUCCGCCGCCAUGGGGAAGAAAUCCCGCGCCGCGCCGGGCCGUCGGCCCAUCCUUCAGCUUUCUCCUCCCGGUCCCCGCCGGGAUGAGGCGGCGGUACCGUCGACUGAAGGGGCUGACUCGGGUUCCGAGCCGGACGAGCCCGAAGCGGUGGCGGAGCCCCCCCGCAGCACGCCCAACCCGCCGCCCCCCACGCCCUCCGCCGUCAAGCCCACAGGAGGCUUGUGUCUGCUUGGUGCCUACGCAGACAGUGACGAUGAGGAGGGCGAAACCCCGGAGAAGUCGUCCCGUUCUGCGGAUGCAAACGGCAAUAAUUCGGCAGACAUUGACAGCACGCUGGCAAACUUCCUGGCGGAGAUCGAUGCCAUCACGGCUCCUCCGCAGCCCACCGAGCCCUCUGCCGCCUCCUCGGCGCCGCCCCCCACGCCUCCCCGCCCGGAGCCCAAGGAGUCGGGCUCGGGCCAGUCCUCAGGCACCGCCAACGGCGCGAGCUCUGUGCCGGCCCCGGAGUGGCAGUACGACACCCAGUGCUCGCUGGCAGGAGUGGGGGAGCUGGAGAUGGGUGACUGGCAGGAGGUGUGGGACGAGAACACCGGCUGCUACUAUUACUGGAACACCCAGAGCAACGAGGUGACCUGGGAGCUGCCGCAGUACCUGGCGACGCAGGUCCAGGGCCUGCAGCACUACCAGCACAGCACUGUGGCAGGCGCCAAUGGCAGCUUCGUAGCGUCCGCCGAGCUGUACCCCCAGGAGAAGGGAGCUGCCCCGAGCAGCGUCGGCCGUGGAGCCAGCCUCACCAAGCGGGAGGUGAAGAAGGAAGUGAACGAAGGCGUGCAGGCCCUCUCCAACAGUGAGGAGGAGAAGAAGGGGGUGGCUGCAGCCCUUUUGGCACCGCUCCUGCCUGACGUGGUGAAGGAGGAAGAGGAGCGCUGGAGGAGAAAGGUGAUCUGCAAAGAGGAGGUCGAGCCGCCUCCGGAAGAGGAGGCGAAAGCAGAAGAGGUGGCAGCUGCCCCCGAAGAGCCAGAGCCUGGCAGGGAUCCCCUGGAAGACACGCUGCAGGAGGAUCUGUGCAGCGUGGUGCAGUCGGGGGAGAGUGCUGAGGAAGAGGAAGAGCAAGACACCCUUGAGCUGGAGAUGGUGCUGGAGAGAAAGAAGGCAGAGCUGCGUGCCUUGGAGGAAGGCGAUGGCAGCAUUUCGGGCUCCAGCCCACUCUCUGACGGGAGCCAGUCGGCCUCGCAGGAUGCAACCCGCAGGCUGGCCUCCAAGCGAGGGAAAUGGAAACUGUUUGUCGGAGCUGCCAGCCCCGAAUCCACGAGUCGAGGCUCCAGUAAAACAGGCCGGGAGAGCCCGGAAGCGGGAGAAGCAGCGGCGAGCACAGAAGCAGCUGAUGCAAAUUCAGACAAAGAGGCAGAGUCUGAGGAGCCCCAGGAGAAAGCAAAAGCACAAGGGGCACCAAAAAUAGAAGAGGAGGAGCAGGACCUAAAGUUUCAGAUCGGAGAGCUGGCAAAUACUCUGACUAGUAAAUUGGAGUUCCUGGGCAUCAACAGACAAUCUAUCUCCAACUUCCACAUGUUGCUGUUGCAGACAGAGACCCGCAUUGCAGACUGGCGAGAAGGUGCUCUCAAUGGAAACUACCUCAAACGCAAACUCCAAGACGCAGCCGAACAGCUAAAACAAUACGAAAUAAACGCCACCCCUAAAGGCUGGUCCUGCCACUGGGACAGGAUCUCUGGAUCACCUCUUCUGACCAACAGCUCUGACAAAGGACAAACUUCAACUCAUCGACGGAACGAAGAACAAGAUUUCUGUCUCCUGCCAGCAGGGAGCAUAGACGCUAUUUCUAUGUUAACGAGCGCUCAGGAGAGUCGCAAUGGGAGUUCCCCGACGGGGAGGACGAAGAGGACGGACAGCGGACCACUGACAGAAAAGCCGACGGUCCUCCUAAACCACCUCCAAAAGACAAAGGAGAGCGCGCCGAGGAACCCGCCGAGCACUCCGCAGUCCUCUGUCCCGGUCCUCCAACCUCCUUUGCCUUUGGAAAUGCCUCCGCCGCCUCCGCCUCCACCGGACUCACCCCCGCCGCCGCCCCCACCGCCCCCGCCUCCCGGAGAAGACGGCGAGAUCCAGGAAGUGGAGAUGGAAGAUGAGGGGGGCGAGGAGCCGCCUGCCCCAGGAACGGAGGAAGACGCUCCCCUGAAACCUCUCCUGCGCCCCGCUGCCAGCACCAGCCAGGGCGCUGUUGAACCGAGCCCGGCCCCGCUGCUCUCCACCAAGCCUCAGAAGAGGAAAGCUGUGGAGAUGAGCCCGGGGCUGAUGCAGCGAACAGCCACCAUCGGCAGCUGCCCCGUCAUCUACAGCCAGCCCCUGAUGGCCGCCGGCAAGUACCAGCCUUCGGCCGUGCCCCUCGCCUCCCUGAGGCCACGCCAGCGGCUGCAGGGUGAGAUCCAGGGCCGCCCCAACCUCCGCAUCGCACCAGGCCACGCCGGCCCUCAGCCCGCUGCGCUGGGCCUGCAGUCUGGCUACCUGGGCGUCGCAGCGCCCGCCGCACCUUCCGUCAUGAGCUACUCGGAGUGCGCUGCGCCCGUCAGCCUGGCCGCUGCUGCCGUGCAGCCAGCCCCGGCACGGGGAGCCCUGCCUGCUGCUGGCACCGCCGACCAGCCGCCUCCCCCACCACCCCCUCAGACGCCCCCGCCUCCCGCCCCCAAGGCACCACCACCACCUGAGAAGGAGAAGCCAAGGAAGGGGCGGAAGGACAAGGGCAAGAAGGGCAAGACGAAGAUGCCAUCGCUGGUGAAGAAGUGGCAGAGCAUCCAGCGGGAGCUGGACGAGGAGGAGAACUCCAGCUCCAGUGAGGAGGACCGGGAGACCACCGCCCAGCGGCGCAUCGAGGAGUGGAAGCAGCAGCAGCUGAUGAGUGGCAUGGCAGAGAGGAACGCCAACUUUGAGGCGCUGCCGGAGGACUGGCGAGCGCGGCUGAAGCGGAGGAAAACCGCGUCGAGCACAUGAGGCGCGCCGCACUCGUUUUUUACAGAUGUACAGUUCAGAGCCCUUCACCACUUGACCGUUGUCCAAUAAAUUGUAGCAGUUUGGGA